CAGUUGUAGCAAAAACAUGAAGAAAGUAUAUCUCGCUGCUUUAGCAGGAAAUCUAGGUUCGCUAUCAGUGGGCUUAAAUGUAGGCUGGGCAUCACCAUCCGUGCCUUUACUGAUAAAUGGUGAUGAUGCUGAGUAUCCUGUGCGUUUGAACUUGGAAGAAGCCUCUUGGGUGACAUCUUUACUUACUCUUGGUGCCGUUCCGGGUUGCAUUAUUUCUGCAUUAACAGUGAAUAUUAUCGGCAGAAGGAACACCAUGCUAUUUUCAGCUGUGCCUUCGGUAAUUGGCUGGUUGCUGAUAAUCUUCGCAACAUCAUCGUCGGAUCUAUACGUAUCGAGGUUUUUAUCCGGAGUGGGUAUGGGCAUGUAUAUUUCAAUCACGCCGAUGUAUUUGGGUGAGAUUUCGCCGGCAAAAAUUCGCGGUUAUUUGGGAUCCAUGAUGACAGUCGAUUUGAAACUCGGUAUUUUGAUCGAGUUUGUGAUAGGUCCGUUUCUUUCGGUGAGAAAUCUCGCCCUUAUCUCUUUAGCGGCACCUUGUCUGUUCGUGGUCACUUUCGUCUGGUUACCAGAAUCUCCGUACUAUUUUUUACGCUGCGACGCCAAGCAGAAAGCUAUCAACUCUCUUGUUCAAUUGAGAGGCAAAAAGGAUGUUUACGAGGAGGCAGAUACUAUUGAGCAAUCUGUAAAAGCCGAUUUAGCUAACAAAGCUGGUCUACGUGAACUCCUAUUUGUACGGCGAAAUCGCAGAGCCCUAACAACAUUGAUGUGUCUGCUCAUAUUACAACAGUUGAGUGGUACUCAAGCCUUGUUGCAGUACGCUCAAAUAAUUUUCGAUAAGAUGGGCAAUAAUCUGGAGGGCAAAUACUUAACUAUGAUAAUGGGUGCCAUGCAAUUAGUCUUCACGAUUGUCUGCAUGAUCUUCAAUGAUUUCACCGGCAGGAAGUUAUUGUUGAUGAUCUCCCUUAUCGGUACGGCGUGCUCCACUGCCAUAGUCGCAACAUAUUUUCAUCUUCAAUACAAUCAAAUGGAUAUCAGCAAUAUAACGUGGUUACCCGCUACAGGCCUGAUUCUAUUCAUAAUCAUGUAUGGCUUAGGUUUGUCAACGUUACCGCUCACCAUGGCCGGCGAAUUGUUUUCCAUGAACGUGAAGGCCCUUGGCAAUAUGAUAGGUAUGGUGACGUUAUCAAUCUCAGCGUUUGCCGUGACGAACUUAUAUCUGAUCAUAAGUGAAAGUGCCGGUGUGCACACGCCGUUCUGGAUAUUUACCGCGUGCUCUUUUGCCGGUGCCAUUUUCACGUUUUUCUACGUACCUGAAACUAAAGGCAGGACGCUGGAACAGAUACAGAGAGAACUGUAAAAUCCGUCGAAAUGAAAAAAAUUUGAGAAUGAAUUAUACUUGAAUGUGUCGAUCUUCUCUCGAUGAAUAUUUGAAGAAUAUUAAUUUACAAAAUGUUCGCGUUUUAUCGAUGAAAGCAAGAUUGAAAAAUCUUUCAAGGUUGUAAAAUGUAAAGAGGCUCAGUAAGUGGAUAGUUUUUGAGCUAUAGUGUGCCAAAGAUGUAAAACAGUACAUUUGGUGUUGUAGAAUCAAUUUAAGAAAUCUCAUUUUUAUGUAAUUCCAUAAGAAAAAGUCUAACGGAAUUAGAUCUGACGAACAUUACUGAAAUAUAAACAAAU